AACAAUUUGAGAUUUCCAAGAUGGCGGUCGAGAGUGAGGAAGAUGAUGUCGUUAUUCGCAUGAUAAACAGCGCAUCUGCUCUACGUAGCGAAACCUUAGAUCUUGGAGCUAAAUGUAUUUAUGAAAUACCCAACGAAAUAUUAAAUUUAAAACAUUUAGAGGUAGGUUUAAGCCAUAGAAUAUGCUCAAUUAUCGACUUAGUGUUUAGUAUAUUUAAACGCUGUAUACAAGCUCAAAAUCUCGUGUUCUUAAUUUGUAGUCUCUCCAUCUUGAAUCUAACUAUAUAACGGAAUUACCGGAAGGAUUCUUUGAGAAGUUAACAAAUUUAAAAUGGUUGGAUUUAAGGAAUAAUCGAUUAACUUUGCUUCCCGCUUCUGUAGGAAAACACAGGUAGUAUGAAAGCUUUCUGCAAACAAUGUAAUCAGCUUAUCGAUUUUAUAUUUGAGAAGGAUUAUUACUAUGCGAUGAAAUAUAUACUGCUUAAGGUGCACAUCGCAUGCAAGUUGCCAAAUAUAUCAUUGUUAAAAGUUGAAAAUUUGGAACUUCAAAAUUUUUUUCUGACGGAAAGUUUGUGUCGGCCAAUGACAUUUUACAAAUCUGUCUUUCCGCAGAAAAUUUUCUUGAGUGGAAAUAGACCUUUGUGGUAACUUAUGACAUGAAUUUCAAGGCUGGGUGGGUUUCGUUCAGGGGCAGACCAUUAGAAAAGUGAUCGGAGGGGUUGGGGGGAGGGGUGAAUUUUCAGCUUGCACAAAUCUUUUUUGCAUCUGCUGGUGCUGGAAUUUUUUUGUGGAAUUUUCGAAGUAUUUCUCUUUGUUGUUGUUUUCCUUUUUGCACAUUUUUUGGAACCCCCCCCCCCAUCACAUUUCUAAUGGUCCGUCCAGGCUUAAAAUUAAUAAAUUGAAAAUGGCAAGUUUGACGUACUAAAUUUAAUUGGCAAAUUGAAUUAUGUACAUCACCCACAUUUUGCACUAAAGGUGCUUAUUAGUCCAGUUAGUCUACAUGGAGGUCAACAUUAUUGAAAAAAAUAACUUUGUUAAAUAUUAUCUUUCAGGAGCCUCCGUAGUUUGUUGUUGGAAGGCAAUUCUCUGACACAUUUACCAUGUGAAUUAGGUAAUUUAUACCGGCUAUUAAAAAACCCAGAUUAAUAUUUAAACAGGCCAUCAACAAAUAGAUUUUGCCUAGCAAUCACUGUCUGGUUAAUUAAAGUUAGAGUUAAGUGGCUCAUUUUGUAAGAAUAUGGGGCUUCUUGGGUUCCUUCUCUUGUCCAAAUAUGCAUGGUAAAUCAUUGAAAUUGCCAGGUAGCUGUGUCAUGCUGCUCCAGAAGUUCCCUAAAUCCCCAUAAUUACAUAUAUUCAUGGAUAAACUAUGUGAGACUAUAUUCUAGGAAUGACAAGAUCACUUUGUGGCCUCAGUUUAUCUGGAAAUCCUCUGGAAUUUCCCCCUCCGCACAUUGUUCAGAAAGGAACACAGGUAAUCUAUGUACAGUAUGUGCAUCAUCAAGAAGAUGUACUGUAUUUAAAUUCAACCAGCUGGCUUAUUAUACUGCAUUGAGCACCAGGUGAGUGCUCUCCCCUUGGAAAGUAAAAUAUUGUCCGGUAUUAAUACAGUAGGGUGCAUUGGGGCAGUACAGUGCGACUUGUGCGACUUAAUCAGUUAACCACAUGAUUACAGUAUUGCCACUCAGUUCUUAGUGAUAUACUGUAAUUAAAAGUGAUGAUUAUUGUCAAUUUUGUUAACUGACAGUUUGUCCAUGUCUUCCAACUUAUAUCUGACUUCUAAUGGUACUAAAGACAAGGAUAAUAAACCUUUGCGAACCCUAAAGUUAACCUAAAUUGGCAAAUUGACAGUUAUUGAAUUUGAAAUUACUGAUUGUUGAGUUGUUGAUACAAUUGGUUAUGAUAAUCAACAUUUCUAGCACCCAGAAAAUGUGCAGAUAAUCCAGGGGCAUAUAUGUGGGAAAUAUUUGCUGUACUUGCAUAAGGAUAGAAUACAAUGUUUAUUUCAAUAUAUCAAUAAUAAUUAAGUCAUCGUCCUCUGUAUUUUGUAUUUUUUUCCAGGAAAUUUUAAAGUAUUUACGAGAAAUGUGUGAUAAUUCUGCUUGGAAUAAUGGUAAGGUUACUUAUAUGUGCUGUACAUAUAAUUAACAUUUAUAUAAUUAUGAAAAAGGUUUUGCAUCAAAUGAACAAAGUGAGUGUGGGAAGACAAGUGAAUAAUUACCAAAUUUUUUGGACAGCGCUAUGCUCCUAGUACCCUAUAAGCUACUGUAAGGAUAUUCAGUGAUAACCUAUGAUGAUCAGGCCUAUAAAUAUAUAAAUAGACCUGAUACAAACCUUAACAAAAGUCCAUGCAUUACAACCAUAUUUCGGUUGUAAAUCUGAUUGGUCUAUGAAACAAAAGAUUUUUUAAUAUGUCAUUUGAUUGGUUGGUGCUAAUUAGAUUAUACUAUUGUUGAUGAUAUAUUUUAUAGUGAUCACAUCUAUAGUUAGAUUGUUGUUUUCGUUGUGUGAAAUUUAAAUUUCUCCUGCAAAUUUUAAUUGGAUACUGAAGAUAAUAUACUUUGCUUGUGUCAGGCUAUAUUUUGUAAAAUAGAGCCUGAUCUCAGGUUAAUUCAGUGACUAAUUCUAAAUAUUAAACAGCUAGUAUAAGGUCUACACUUAGACACUAGCAUGUUAUUUGAUAUGUACUAUAUUGGGCGUUCCUUAGGAUGGUAUAAUAAUAUUAACUCCCUUGUUGCUGUAUUCAUAUAAUCGUAUCCAGAAUGUUUUAAAUUAAUUAUUCUCUCAAUUCAGAUGUAAAAUCUCCACAAGCUCAAAGUGAUGAAGAAUCUGAAGACACAGAUUUUACAUCAAGUGAGUUUUUGGCAACAGCCUUAAUAUAUAAACAUGUUAGAACAUAGUUUGAGCCUUUGAGGUGUUUUAAAAUUGCUUUUAAAUUAAGAACCUCCUUGUGUAUGGUACACGACUAUCCAUAAAGACAAUAAUUCAAUGUGAAAGUUAUGGUCAUUCAUUUUAAUAAAAACUAAGAUUACCACUUUCCAACAACGAAAGGUGCAUGUAAAUCCCCCAUAAUAUUAUUUUGCGAGGUGUUCGCCUUUUAUGCUAUAUAUUAUGCGAUUUUUAUGCUAAUUUCUUUUGUGAACAUUUUCAGCUCACAAAUUAUUAACCUUAAGUUUAAAUGACAAUGCGUCCUAUAGCGCUCGACUUUUAUAUUAGUAUACUCCGUCUAAGAUCAGUCGGAUCGAACUUUGUGCAAACCCCGGAGAAUAUUCUUAAACUAUAUUCGUCGGUAUAUAAUACUUCAAUAUGGUUUAGUACGAUCAGAAUCAAAUAACCUUGAUCCUUGCAACGAGAAUGGAAUGAAGAAAAAAAAUUGUAUUUUAUAAGAUUUUAAUAUUAUUAUUAUAUGCAAUUGGAAAAGUUAAAAAACCGUUUUAGUUGCAGUUACUUGAUUGGCAUUUCAAUAAAAAGUCCACACCAUCACAUGUUGAGUGUUUUUAUCGAACUGUAAUUUUAAUUUCUUCGUUCCAUUCUCGUCUUGCAGGUGUAGAAUUUCCGGACACAGAACACCUAAGCGCAGGCCAAUCUUCGGGAUCAGAUCUCUCCAGUCUUGGAGAAAACCCAAGAAAAAUAUCAUCAUUCAAACUGCCGCCAAUCGUACGCAAAGCCACGACUGUGCGACGAAGUAAUUCCGAACGAGAGGUCGUUAAAGGACAGACGGUGAAGCAAUUUGAGCCGACACGACGUUCAACAUGGGAGUCGAUUAUGACGUCGUUGAGUGAUGCGCGUGUACCGUUGCCGUGGAAACGACGCGGAAAACAAAACGAGAUUCAGAAAGCACAAGAGCCCGAGGAAGCGAUGAGUCGAGAUGAAAAACCAGCUCAGAAUUCAAAGAAGACUAAGUCAAAGAAAUUAUCAAAAAAAGGAAAGAAAUUGGCGAGAGAUAAGAUUGAAAACUUACCGCCAUUAUCAACAUCUGAGCCUGCCAACAUUACUGCACGGAACAAUGACGUCGAAGAUAAUGAGCAUGCGUCAAUGCCACAUGUUGAAAAUAUCCAGAAUGAAGAAAACUUGAAAGAUGAAAAUGAUAACAUUUCUGACAACAAUGAGGAUACAAACACUCCUGAAACUGCUUUAAUAAAUCUCGCUGUUGGAGACUUCAUAGCCCUAAAAGUUCCAGAGAAACACUUUAUUAAGGGCCAGCCAUGUGUUGGGAAGGUAGUCGCGGAAACUGACGAACGACAUGACGUUCUUGUGCAUUAUUACACCGGGACAUACGAUGGAACAUUUCGACCAAUGAUGAGCAGAACUAGUCCAUAUCUUAGAAAAGUUGCAAUUAAAAAUGUGUUGUGUAAAUUUGAGAUGAAAUCAGAUGGUAGUUUGUCACCUACAACUGCCAUACGAAUACGACAGAUGAUUGAGAGAGCUUCGUUCUGAGUUAGAACAUACAGUAAAGAUUACUUCAACAUCAUAUCUUAUAGAAAAGUUGUGAUUGAAAACGUUUUGUGCAAAUUUGAUAUGAAAUCAGAUGGUGUAGUUUGUCACCUGUACAACUGCCUGGAUUCUUAAGAAUGCGACAGAUGUUGAGAGAACUUCGUUCUGAGUUUGAACAUAAAAAAAUACUUCCAAAUAUCUCAGAAGAGUUGCAAUUGAAAAUGUUUUGUGCAAAUAUGAGAUGCAGUGUGAUGGAUAUUCUAGUGUAGAACUGCCAUUGAAGAAUACUGCAGAUGCUUAAGAGAACUUCAUCCAAAACUAAUUGAAGAGAUAACUUCAAAAUAAUAUCUUAGAAGAGUUGAGAAUGCUUUAUGUAAACAUAUAAGAUGCAGUCCACGGCAUUUUCUCCCUUUUGUGCAAAUAUGAGAUGUGUUGGGAUGGACGUUUGUCAUUCAGAACACCUCGUCGGGAGUUAAAAGUAAAGAUAUCUUCGAAGUAUCUUAGAAUAGAAAAGUUGUGAUUGAAAAUUUUUUUGUAAAUUUGUGAUGCAAUAAGACGGUAGUUUGUCACCUAUAAAAUUGUCGUAAGAAUACGAUAGGUGCAUGAUUGAGAGAACUUCAUAUACUGAGUUCAAACAAAAAUAUCUCAUAUUUUACAGAAUAUUUUACAGACCAUAAUAAUAUUUUCAUUUUUUUACAUAAUUUAGCAAAAAUGAAUUUGUAUCAUAGAUAUAAUUUGGUAUUCUUUAUUUUUGUAAUUGUCUACACACGUAAAAACGCACAAGCUGUAACAAACCUGCAGCAGACUUGUAGCAAUGCUGUUCCAACAACUUGUCAUCAUGAUGUGUUCGCACUGCUUGUUCUCAGCUUGUUGACAAGUUGUCAACGGCUUGUUGACAACUUGCUACAAGGUUGUUGAGUUCAACAGACUUGUUGCAAGUUGUUCCAACAACUUGUUAUCGUCCUGCAAUUCAACAACUUGUCAACAAAUUGUGAGUGACAACCUUGUAGCAACUUGAUAAAAUAACAGCAUGCAUUGUUAGGACUUGUUGACAAGCUUGCUACAAGCCUGUUGCGAACACAUCUUGUUGACAAGUUGUGAGAUUUUUACGUGUGUACUAUAGAAUGUACUGUAAGAAUGAAGUAUAUUUUGAUUAAAUAUUUUUACAGAAUUACAUGUAAAAUCUUAGAUGUGUAACCAGGAUUAGACAUAAUGAAAAGAUGAGACGUUCUCUGGUUAAUAAAUAUAUUAACCAGAGAACGUCUCAUCUUUUCAUUAGAAUUACAUGUAGUUUGAGAGUUAAUAACAAUUACCACCAUGCAAUUACCUGAUGCUUGUUCUGAAAAAAGAAGGCUAGUUUACACGGCAGCGUAGACGUAGUACAAUUUCUUUGAACAUUUUUACACAGUUUGAUCUACAGGCACGUAUGGGUAAUUCCAUGGUAUAGUGAUGACAUUUUUUGAAAAAAAAAAGUUGAGAAUUUUCAUAAGCUAUUGGAAACAAUUCUGAACUGAAAUAUGAAGAUGUACUUUAUAUGUAACAUGAGUCACAUGUAUUAUGUAGCAAUCCUUCUAUUGUAAUCCAAAAUAUAAAAUUUCUUUGUGUUGGUAGUUUGCCUAACAUACAGUCUGUUACUUGAUAGACAUUGUAUGUUUCUCCUUCCUAUAUAGUUCCCGAAGAAGUUCAAAAGUAGUUAGGAUGGUGUUACCUCAUGUCACUUUGUCGUAACAUGAGUCACACACCAAUUUACAGCCAAUCGUAUCAUGUUAUAAUCAAAUGUUUAAUUUUUACUGUGAAUCAGUAGCUUACCAUUACUUGUACCUGCAUGCAAAAAUGUGACAUAAAAAAUAUAUUAUAGUUAUUACACUGGAUCAAAAUGACUCUGAUAGUUUGGAACAUUCAGAAUGUAACGUGAGUCACCAUGGAAUUACCCGUAUGUGCCUGAGAUGUAAACUUCGAUCAAAGAUUUUGGUAACGUAAAAGUUUACAAUCAGGUGUUUUUUCGAGAUGAUUCAUCACAUCAAGAUGAUGAAGUCUCUGUGAUCACAGAAACUUUGAUAUAGUGUCAACCAGUGUUAAGCCAUUUGAUUGAUUUAUUUAUUUAGCUUCGCCUAUAAUUAGACAAUCAAACAACACGUAUAUACCCAACCAUUUCUGUCCAACCCCAAAACGCGCAAACUUCAACGCACAUGAUGCCAUGUGUACACUGCGAGCCCUAAACUAAUGUAAAUUUUGUAGAUUUUCUCAUUAGUUAUUAAUCACAUUGUUUCAUGUCAUCUUAUUUUUUGACUGGUCAACAGUAAUUAUCCAUCAUAUAUAUUUACCACUCCUAGCCCUUGGAUUCUUUUUGGGGCCAAAAUUGUUUAUAAUUAUUUAUAGGUCGCAAAAAUGGAUUGUUAAAACCUUUGUACACAUCACACGACUUUCCCGAACCCAAGAACGCACCGGCGACAUUCCACGCUCCUCCGAAGAGAAUCGACAAAUUACGAUACGAGUACGAAAAGUUACGAAUAUCCUCGUCGGGAUCUGACGAUACCCUAGGUCGUCCUGUACCUCGGAGAAGAGCGAGCAUUGGUGAAGUUCCGGAUGCCACUUUAAACAAUGCAAGGCGACAGAGAAAGCAGUUAGAUUCCUACGCCCCAGCUUCAGCGACGACGUUGAAAGAGGCGAAAGCGUCACGGGAACGAAGAUUAAGAAGAGCUGCGUCGUUGAAUCAGAAAGAAGCUGUCUUACAACAACGGAUAAAGUAAGUGUUUAACAUGCAACAGUGUUUAUCAUGGUACUAUUGUACCAAUUUCCCAAACCAAGCAUGAAAGGGCAUAUACCUCGGUAUCAUGAUAGGUAUCCUGGCAUAUCGCCCCCAUGCAGCCCACUCCCGGCUCGCGCUGCUACUAUAUAGGGAGUUAACUCGAUGCUGACAACGAACAAAGGGUACGGAAUACGGUUGAAAGCUUGUUUUCGCAUUGCUUUAACAGAGGCAGACAAACUUUACAUAUCCCCAGAGCAUCCUUUUGACCAUAACGACCUUGGCUACAGCGUAAAAGUUGUAAAACAUUUUUAUAAAGAAAUUAAAAGAUGAAACUUACCAAACACAAAGUCAUGCACAUGAAACAUAUUUGGGAUAAAUUUGUAAUGACAAGCAUUUCAGUAUUUGCAUACAUAAAACAAAAACUUUUUCAAACUUAGAUGGUAGUUCGUCGUCAAAAUCUUAAACGCCCUAUACUGCCAAUUAGUGAUGACGACAGCAAAAUAUGACGUCAUGAAGAAUUUCGGACUCCCGGGCAUUUCAAGAUAUUCUGUGUUUUUAUUUCUAGAAAUAAAGUAGUAUUAGAUGAUUGGCAACAUGAAACGCGAGCAUUGCAGAAACGAAAACAGUAUCAAGCUAUAAGAAAAGGCAUUACGAAAGGUAACUUUGUAAAAAGUUAUUAUUACGAAAGAAUCUAUUUUGUUUUGAUCUUACCAGCAAGCGAUACCAUGUCCUGUUGCAAGAUAAUUAUAUUUAAACGAUUUCCACCAUUGUGGUUGUAUAGUUGAGUUAUACUGUACUGUAGUUUCAUCAAAACAAUGAUGAUAAAAACAUUUAAUUUUAAUUUUGGCUUUCUAUAAAACUCUGACUUCCGUUCGUAGUAUAAAUUAUUUUUAAUUUUAAUAAUUGAUAAAAACAUGUUUUAAGUACUAUUUAAAAAUUUAGCUCAAAUACUAGUGUCCGACCUAUUUUUCAAAAGUUCAAAUUUUCCGUCGAUCUACCUGAAACUUGUUGUAGGUGCGCGUCCGUUUCUGAAUAUUUAAACUUCGCAUUCCAAAUACUUCAUUGUAAAAAUAUAUAAUACAUAUUCUUUUCAACCAUCUGUAGUUAAAGUACCUUCGCCUUUUGCGACUGCGGAAACCGAAGACGCAGAAGCGUCCAAAGGAACUCAGAAAAAAGUUCACGAGUACAACAAAAGACUACAGUCUCUGUUGAAAAUGAACGACAAAGAACUUGCUAAAAAGUGAGUAUAGGCAAUAUAUUUAAUUUUUUUGUACGAAUGUGGAAGACGGGCAUUUUCCUUAUGUUUAUAAGUAGGUUUUAUGUAACUAGUUAAAACAUUUAUCUGAUAUAUAAACUCGAGCCGAACACAUGAGCAGCCGUAUUUUAUUGUUGCAACAUUGCAACUAUAUAAGCCCUCUAGCAGGAACCGAACCUAAAAAAAGUGUGCGUGUGUGUGCAUGGGGGGAGGGGUACAUGCCUCCAUUGCCCCUCCCCCCCGGUUCCGCGGCCCCUGAUUGUUAUAUUUCAUUGCAUUGCAAGUGUUAAUUGACUUGAUAUUAUGCAGGGUUCUUAAAGAUCGUGAACUUGAGACAAGGAUCAAGAAUCACAUCGACAAAAUACGAGAACAACGAAGAUCAUCUCAGACUGUGUCCGAUGAAGUGGAUGAAGCGCGAAAUAAUUUAGAAUUGGUGAGUAUGGAAAUCUUCAACAUUUUAUUGUCUAUUUUACUUUACGCACACGUCUUGUUGCGAACCGCGUUUUAAAGGGCAUAUGACUCGAAAAUGGACCAUUCCGCAAUUAAUCAAAAUUUUGAUCUUAACCAGCCUAAACAAAGUUUCGAAAUGUUGUAAAAUGCGGAUAAUAUAGCCUUGUGAAGUUUGCAAUUUUCAGUCAUUUUAGAUUACAAACGGGAAGUGGUUACCACUUCUGUGCGUAAUACAAAAUGACUGAAAAUUACAAACUUCGCAAGGCUAUAUUAUCCGCAUUUUACAACAUUUUGCAACGAAAUUUUGGAAUGUUACUAAUUUUGUGAUGCUCUUUCAAACUGUGAUGAAAUUUUUGUUCAGGCUAGUUAAGAUCAAAAUUUUGGAAAAGUGGUAACCAUUUCCCAUUUGUAUUAUAAAAUAACAUGUAUAUAACGCGUAUUCUGAUUGGUCGAAACCCGUGUUUGGAUCAGGCCAUCCAAACACGGAAGACUAUCGUGUUGUUGUUAUUUUAUAAAACUAUUACUUUAUGGUUUCCGUGUUUGGAUGGAAUGAUCCAAACACUUGGGAAUGUUGCUCGAGUUAAGAAAAGCGGGCAAAAUCACUCGCCUUCGGCUCGUGUUUUCGCUCGCUUUUCUUAACCCUCGCAACAUUCCCGCGUGUUUGGAUCAGGCCAUCCAAACACGGAAACCAUAAAGUAAUUGUAUAAUCUAAAAUGACUGAAAAUUGCAAAUUUCGCAAGGGCUAUAUUUAUAUCCGCAUUUUGCAACAUUUCGCAACGAAACUUUGGAAUGUUACUAAUUUUGUGAUGCUCUUUCAAACUGUGAUGAAAUUUUUGUUUAGGCUAGUUAAGAUCAAAAUUUUGGAAAAGUGGUAACCAUUUCCCAUUUGUAAUCUAAAAUGACUGAAAAUUGCAAAUUUCGCAAGGCUAUAUUAUCCGCAUUUUACAACUACACUUCGCAACGAAACUUUGGAAUAUUACUAAUUUUGUGAUGCUCUUUCAUGCUAUGAUGGAAUUUUGUCUAGACUUGUUGAGAUCCAAAUUUUGGUUAAUUGGGAAAUGGUCCAUUGACCCUGUUAUUUUUCAGUCUAAUUUGAAAGAUCAUUGAAAACUGUAGAGUGACAGGUUUUGUUUUCUUGCUUCGUUUUGGAGAUACAGUAUUUCAUGCAUUUUGUAUGAUAUGAAAAGGACCAACUUUCUACGUCACACAUGUAUAUUGACUUACUUUAAAAUGCUAUAUAAUUUUGUCACUAUAUCAAAUAAAUUCGCACAAAAUGAAUGAUGGCACGAGAUUUGUCCACAACAACACCCAUGUAGGUUUUCUACUGAUUGUGUUUAGUCGUAUUAAAGAUAUAUAGCUUUUAGGGCUAAAUCAUUAUAUGUAUAUGUGAGGUAGAAAGUUGGUCCUUUGCAUAUCAUCAUACAAAAUGAAAUAUCUUCAAAACGAAGCAAGAAAACAAAAAUCUAUCAAAGACGUUACUCUACAGUUUUCAAUGAUCUUCAGAUUGGACAAAAAAAUAACAACGUCAAUUUUCGAGUCAUAUGCCCUUUAAUAGAGAACUUUAGACACAGAAUAGAGACAUACAGAAGGUCGACUUCUUGGUUUUGCCUAUGAUUUUGGCGUAACCUUUGCAAUGCUGUCGCCAUGGCCCUAGCCAGUGUAAUGAGAAGCAUUCACCCCCUGAAAAAAUUAAAAAUGGCGGACGUUCAGUGUUUUACAUGCGGCUAAAUCGAGGAAUGCACAUUUGCCCGACGCCAUCUUGAAAUCAUUAUUAACUGGAGACAUCCAUGGUUAUCUUAUGAUAAUGAUGAAUUAGUAAAAUGGUUAUCCAUUAAAGUGCUCCUGUAUCCCUUGCCUACAUCCGUUGUUUAUUUUUAUUGUCAGCUGGGAAGAAACACGCGAUAAAAAGUUUCUUUAUUAAAUUGACUAGAGAUAUUUACGAUGAAAAGAUGCUGAUUUUUAUGGCGAAUUCAAUGGUGUUCUCCAAUUUUCCAUCCACUCUGUACACAAAUUUCUAUAGUAGGGCAAAGACUCGAGUUUUAGAGUAUUAAAGGGCGAAUAUCUCGGUUCAGUUUUUGAAUGAAAAAGGAAAACUAGGGCUGUUGAUACAGAUUUUCAUGCGAAAUCGAAGGGUAUUUUCGGAAUUUCCAUCUACCGUGCACACAACCAUGUGCUCACUAUACGAAAGUAAAUUUGCGUGCCGGAGAUGCAUACAAAUCACUGUGAAAAAUAUCGAUACGCGAAAUGCUGUUAUUUUGUAUUUUCGAUCGGUUUAUUUUCCUUUAUAUGAAAUCAAAAGCUAAAAUAAGUCAUUAUAAUAUGAUUAUUUAUGAUUUAAAAGCAUCAAAAGUGUAUUUAUUGUGAUUUUUGCUGCCGUAAACUAGCUUUAUUUAUUAUAAGUAAUAGCAUGGCAUUCAGGUCGAUUAGUGAUUAAAUGUACCCGAAAGCCGAGAGAGGUUUAGUAAAAGUCCCGAGGCGCGUAGCGCCGAGGGACUUUUACUAAACCUCUGGAGGCUUGAGGGACAUUUCAUCACUAAUCGACCGUAAUGCCAUGCUAUUUCUUUGUAAUAUCAUAGUUGCCGAGGGAAUCGCGUGUGGUGUGUUGCCUGUUUUGAAUGCUGUUUGAUUGUCUUAUGAUUGUGGUACGAACACUUUUCAUAUAUACGCACGCGCAGAAACACAUCUCCGUGUUCAUUCGUUUUAGGCAUGCGCAUAAACGGAAUUUUCUCCCACAAUUGUAAUGUUCAAGAUUAGGGAAUAAAAGCUGGCAAAGUGAUUGUUCGAAUGUGUACGGGACGGUGUCGUCAGAUACUGUCCAUAGUUGUGCCGAUGAUUUUCGAUGAGGUACAGCUCUCCAAUCAGAGGUAAUGAGGUACGCUUUUGUCUUCUCAAUUUCCCUCAUCAAGCAUGGAAAUCCUUUGUUUUCAACUAAAUUUACCGGGUAAAUUAGUGAUUAAUCGUACCUCGCAAGACAAAGGAUUUCGAGGCAACUAUGAUAUUAUAUACAUAACAAUUUAAUAUUUAGGCAUGUGCGAGCGACAGUUAUCCAAUUAGAAUCCAAUAUUUUCAUUUUCCCGGGAAUACGUUUGUUUUGAUUACAUCAUUCACGAUAGAUACUAUGACAUCAUAACUGAGACCCAGGUCAUUGCGCAUUCCUCGAUUUAGCCGCUAGUCAGGGAUUUGCGCAUUCCAGUGUCAUCCUGAGUCCAAAUCCUGAUUUUUUGUUUCAGGCGCACAAGCUACACGAAGAGUUGGGAGAAAAAAGGGCGAUGGAAUAUCGACUUCGCGCUUUUACUGGAGACGAUUUUGUGCUCAACUCUCGGUAUUAUAAAAACGACAGAUAGUAUAUACGUUGCAUUAAAUAUAGGACUGUGUUUUAAAAGAUUGUAAAUAUGUACAGAGAAGAUAUCUUUGCAUAAUAAAUAACUUGUUAAACUAUACAGAAAUUACAGCUAGACGGCGUCAAGUAAACGUAAAGACUUAUCUCUUAAAUUUUAGUCGAAUUUUGGCAAUGCCUAUAACUUUUGAUCAUUUGGUUUCUUUGUCAAGGCAUUAUCCCUAAAUUUUUUGUCGAAGG